AUGUCCACUGGAUCCUUGGAGAAGUCUGGCAUUCGCUGCACCCUCAAACUUUUUGUCUCUCGCUCCACUCCUCUGCCGUACGCCUCUAUGCCGCAAAUGAUGGCCGACUGCUUCGAUCGUCCGGCGUUGGUUCGUCCGCCUGACCCCACUCGUGAGGCCCGUACUAACAGGAAUUGUCCGACCACUAGUUGGUUCAACGCUCUUUCAAUCUUACCGUCUUCAGUCAACUGA